AUGGCACCCGGAAACCCUAAUCGCGAGCCAACUCUCUUCGAGGUCCUCUCCAUCUCUCCACGGAGCCUGGACGGUCAGGACCAAGCGUCGCAAGCCAAGAUCGCAAGGCAAGCAUACCGCCGCGCGCUGCUCAAACACCACCCUGAUCGCCAGGCCCAGAAGACCGACGAAAACGCCGCUGCAACAUCAGACUCGUCAUCGGCCUCAAAUGAACAGUCUUCGCAGCACUUCACCGUAGACCAGAUCACAGAGGCCUACACCAUACUUAGUGACGCAAAAAAGCGGCGCGAGUAUACGCGCACACUGCGGUCACAGACCAAGACGACAUCAUCGAGUAGUGCUCACACAAAGACCAAGAGGAGACAAAAGUCCAGGUCUUCGGGGGUAGACACGGUCGUCCUGGAUGAUGAUAUGAAAUGGGACGGCAAGCGGCGGUUGUACUACCGCGCCUGCGAUGGCUGUGGCAAGGCCCGCGGGUUCAGCUUAAGGGAGGAUGAAAUUGAAGAGGACAGCGAGGAGGAUUUCGAGAUGAUUCUUGAGUGCGCAGGGUGUGAACAGAGCCUGAGUAUUCUCGUGCCGGCUCUUGCUGACGAGGACGACGGCACGCAGCUGGCUGGGCAAGGGGCCUCGGGGCUACAGGCCCAGCAGCCACAGGCGAACGACCCGGCAUCUCAGAGGAGCCACAGGGACCCAUCGCCGCCGAAAAAGAGCCGGGGCUGGGGAUUCCGUCUUGGACUGGGACUGUCGCUUGGCGGGGGUUGGGUGGGUGUUAUGGGCUCGGCCCCAAAGGGGCUGCAAGCUGGCUAG